AUACUGGAAAAACACAAAUAAUUUACUUAGCUUGUUUAGAAUUUUGAUAAAAAAAAUUUGCAAUAUCCGGAAUGAUCAAGAAGCUGAAAAGGGAGCUCUUAGAGAAGUAUCAUUAUCCGCCGAAGCACCCACCGCCAAAGGUCAAGUAUGUAGCCUGUGGGAAAAAGGCUCUUUACCCCCAUAAAGUGGGUCAUCAUACACCGUGCUGGAGCCAUCCGAUCACAGUGCCAGCCGAGGCCCGCUAUGGCGUUUGCUGGGAGUACCCGCCGGAGCGGUACAAGCGCCGUCCGCUACCACCGCCUUGCCGCGGCACCACCUUGCCCGUGGAGUUGCUGCAGCCCACCUUCGAACACUGUAAGAACAUCUACACCCGGUACGAUGCCCAGUUGGAAAAGUGCGUUCACGAGCAGACCCUGGCACUCGACAGACAGCUGAGUUCUCUGAGACACCAACUGGCCCAAGCCAAGGCCCAGCAAAUCGAGAAAGUCAAGAUGAUGCGCUACCAAGGCGUACGCUAUCGGCUUUUAAUUGGUGGCUCCUUUGGCACCAAAAUUUAUCCCGAAUACCUUAGCCGAAUGACCGAGGAGCGUGCCCUCUGCGAGUUCCAGCGAGCUUACAAUUUCGUCAAUCAAUCAAACACCGACUUGACCAGCUCGUUUCUGGAGGUGCGUGAAUCCAUGAAGGAACUGGAACUGCGAUUGAGCAGGCUGGAUCGAACUCCCAACAGCCCAUUCCUGAUCGAGCUGGAAACGGUCCUACAGACGCUUGAAGAUCUCAACACAUUUUUCUUUGGUGUGAUUGUCAAGCUGAAGACCUGGGCCGAGCUCAUGGACCCCAUGAAGGAGCACUCUAUCGAGGACUACCUGGCCUUACUAAGCAAAGAGACCGAUUUCAAGACGUUCAUGAGUGCUGGCAUGGAGAACUGCACGUGUAAGCGGUGUGGCAAGACGGAUCCCCUAAAGCCGUAUCUACCCUGCUGGUGUCAACCGCUGGAGUCCAGUGAUGAUUGUAGCGAGACCGUACCAAAGCAGCCGGAUCCAGGGUGUCUGCUGAUUACAAAUUUCAAAUUCACGGAGAGCGAUUCAGAAUUUGUGAAGGAAACGAGCACUACCUCUUUGCUUGUUAAAGAGGCUGAGAAGAAGGCCAAAAAGGCUCAACCAGAUCAGUCGGAUUAGAAUGCCUUCGAAAUGUUACACAUAAUAAAGUUAGAGCUUA